CCCGCCCUCGGCUGCCCACUGGCCAUGUAAGAUCUGCCUGGGUGGCCAAGGCCACAAGACAGAGGCAGCGUUGGAGCAGGUAGUAUCCAUGUCACUGACUAGGCUUGGGGGCCAAGGGCCAGCUAAACAGAGCUGGGCCUCCGGGGGGGCCACAGGGCCCCUGAACACUUAGAGAGAGCAUCCCAGGCCCCUGAAGCAACGUGACUUGCCUUGAAGAUGCCAACCAACGGGCUGCACCAGGUGCUGAAGAUCCAGUUUGGCCUCGUCAACGACGCCAACCGUUAUCUGACAGCAGAGAGCUUUGGGUUCAAGGUCAACGCUUCAGCAUCCAGCCUCAAGAGGAAGCAGACGUGGGUCCUGGAACCUGACCCAGGGCAGGGCACCGCUGUGCUGUUCCGCAGCAGCCACCUGGGCCGCUACCUGUCGGCAGAAGAAGAUGGGCGUGUGGCCUGUGAGAUGGAUCGGCCAGGCCGUGACUGCCGCUUCCUGGUCUUGCCGCAGCCUGACGGGCGCUGGGUACUGCAGUCGGAGCCGCACGGUCGCUUCUUUGGUGGAACGGAGGACCAACUGUCCUGCUUUGCGACGGCGAUCUCCCCGGCAGAGCUGUGGACUGUGCACCUGGCCAUCCACCCACAGGCUCACUUGCUGAGCGUGAGCCGCCGGCGCUACGUGCACCUGUGUCUGCAGGAGGAUGAGAUGGCGGCCGACGGUGACAUGCCGUGGGGUGUGGAUGCGCUGCUCACCCUCAUUUUCCAGAGCAGGCGGUACUGCCUCAAGUCCUAUGACAGCCGCUACCUGCGCAGCGAUGGCCACCUUGUCUGGGAGCCCGAAGCCCGUGCCUGCUACACGCUAGAGUUUAAGGCGGGCAAGCUGGCCUUCAAGGACUGCGAUGGCCGCUACCUGGCACCCGUGGGACCUGCCGGCACACUCAAGGCUGGCCGCAACACGAGGCCCGGCAAGGAUGAACUCUUCGACCUAGAGCAAAGUUAUCCACAGGUGGUGCUGGUGGCUGCCAACCACCGCUACGUCUCUGUGAGGCAAGGAGUCAAUGUCUCAGCCAAUCAGGAUGAAGAACUGGACCACGAGACCUUCCUGAUGCAAAUUGACCAGGAGACAAAGAAGUGUACUUUCUAUUCCAGCACUGGGGGCUACUGGACCCUGGUCACUCAUGGGGGCCUUCAGGCCACAGCCACACAAGUUUCUGCCAACACCAUGUUUGAAAUGGAAUGGCAUGGCCGGCGGGUGGCACUUAAAGCCAGCAACGGUCGUUAUGUGUGCAUGAAGAAAAACGGGCAGCUGGCCGCCAUCAGUGACUUUGUGGGGACACCUGGACCCCCAAGUCCGCAGCCUGCAUAUGGUAGCCAGGGGCAGGAGUGGUCCACUCCGUCCUCUCCCAUAGGUGGAGACGAGCUGUUCAUCCUCAAACUCAUCAACCGACCCAUCCUGGUGCUGCGUGGCCUGGACGGCUUCGUCUGCCACCGCCGGGGAUCCAACCAGCUGGACACCAACCGCUCCACCUACGAUGUCUUCCACUUGAGCUUCAGGGAUGGCGCCUAUCAGAUCAGAGGCCGCGGAGCUGGCUUCUGGUACGUUGGCAGCCACGGGAGCGUGUGCAGCGACGGCGACCUGGCAGAGGAUUUCCUCUUCGAGUUCCGAGAGCGUGGCCGCCUUGCCAUCCGCGCCCUCAGUGGCAAAUACCUGUGUGGUGGCGCUUCAGGGCUGCUGCGUGCUGACGCGGACCUGCCUACGGGGGAAGCUCUUUGGGAAUACUGA